UCACCACAGUCGGCUGCCAUUGGUCCAAGGCUGUGAGCCUGUUUGACUGUAACAGUGAAUUCGAAACCAGAAUAAAAGGCUAACGCAUUUACUUAUAUACUUCACGGUGCGAAGAAGAGGAAAACACGUGUUUUAAGGGGAAAAAGAAAACGGUUUAUUUGCUGCUAAAGAUAAGUUUUCAGCUUGCUGGCUAGCUUUCCUUGGCUGUGUCCGUUGCACUCCGUAGAAGAGGCGCCAGUUAGCCUGCUCGCUAGUUACUGCUGCGUUUCUUUUUUGUUGUUAUUGGAGGGGAGCUGAGCACCGAGUUGGUCUUUGGAAAGAGAUCGAUAAAUAAUAGACAUGUCAGAAUUCCUGGAAGACCCGUCGGUGCUCACUAAGGAUAAGUUGAAGAACGAGCUGCUGGCGAACAACGUAGCUUUGCCGAGCGGCGAGCACAAGAAAGAUGUAUAUGUGCAGCUGUACCUGAAGAACCUGACCGCGCAGAACAAGAGGAAUCCGGCUCCAGACGCCUUUUCCAGCGACGAGGACCUGCCUCCCCCCGUGGUUUCUAAUAAGAGCCGCUCGGGAAGGAAAGCCACACGGAAGACGGACAAACCCAGGCCAGAGGAUGUGGAUGUGACGGACCUCACCGACGAGGGCCUGAAAGCCCAGCUGCUGAAAUACGGCGUUAACCCUGGUCCCAUCGUAGCCUCCACCCGCAAACUAUACGAGAAGAAGCUGCAGAAGCUGAUAGACCAGGGCCCCCCCGAUGCCACGCCCCCCAUCGCAGUCCCGUCGAAGCCAGACAGUAACCAGAACGGCAACACAGAUUCCGACCAGUACAGUGAUAAGGAGGAAGAAGAGCAGGCGGCACCAAGCCUGGAUCCAGAGCCCAUCCCAGAUCCGGUCCCCGUGGUGGAGCGGCCCGUGAGGAGCAGAGGGAAGAGCUCAGUCAGCUUGCGCAGCAACCGCCACGGAGCCAACAGGAGGGAGGAGGAGGAGGAGGAGGAGGGGCCAGAGGAAGAGGAGCAGUGGCCAGAAGAACAGCCCUCCCUUAAUGUGAAGAGACACCCACGGACGCCCCAGCACUGGAGGGAUCAGACCGUCCCUGCUAGUGAUGACACUGACAUGUCUGAGUCAUCUGCCUCAGAAAUAGUCGCCCCUCCUCGUAAACUGACUGGUUCUGGAUCUUAUAAGCGAGAUUCUCCGGGGGUCCCGCGGGAGCCAAGGUCCCCGUUACCCGCCAAGCCGUCCAAACCCGUGUCGCUGAGGCGUUCUGACCAGAGCGCGUCUCCGUCUGGGACCCCCCGGGCCUCCUCCUCGUUAAUACCACCCCUUCAGCGGCAGGCAGCGGCCCUUCGUCUGGAGUCCUGCUCCCCUAGAUUAACCCACAAGGAUUCCCCAGUAGCCAGUUUGUCCCAGCACCUCCCUAAAAGACCCCUUCAUCAUCCCCGGGGCCAGACCCCCACAGAUACCCGCGAUGAGUGCGGCAGCUCCCGGGGAAGUGAUCAGAAUAUCCACCACACCCCUUCCUCUACCCGGAUGGGUGUCAGAAAGGGAGGGUUGCAGUCUGACACCGAUGACAAGGACACAUCUGCACUGCCUGCCCCUGUGCAGCCACAAGCGCAUCUGCAGUCCCUGCUCAACACUGCGCUCCUCGAGGAGGGCUUGGAGGGUGUAGACCCCAGCAAGGCCUCCCAGUGUGUAAGGAAGCAGCAGAAGAUCCUUAGCACGUUCACCCCCGGAAGGCUGCAGUCCUGGCCCUGUACACCCGUGGCUCAGGGGGCUGGACGGGUGGAGGAGAGACCGGCAGCAGCUCUGCAAACACCUACAGCAGAUGGCAAGGACAUCUUGAAGGAGAUGUUCCCCAAUGAAGUCGGCACUCCCACGGGCAUCACCGCCACCUGCAGGCGGCCCAUACGUGGGGCAGCAGGGAGGCCACUGAAACCCAGUGACUUCUGGCUGGACGAGUCCCUCCUGCAUCACUCCGAGCGCCUGGAGAGCCGCUCCUACAUGGAGAGCCGCGCCACGCCACGGCCGCUCCCUCCGCUCUCCUCAUCUUCCAGGAUCUCCACGGCGGCGGCGCCCUCUGCUGGGCACGCUUAUGCACGGCGCUCCUUGCCGGUGUGGGUGCAGCUUCUGCUGCUCACCGCUGUGGCCGGCUUCCUCUUCUUUGUCUACCAGGCCAUGGAAACCAACCAUCUGAACCCCUUUGGCCAGGAAGGUGAUGGCGCUUCCCCACCCAGCAGCGCAGGAGGGAGCACUGCCGAAUAAAUCGGCCCAUUUCCUGAUACCCCCCCCCAGUACUGUGUCCCCCUCCACAUUUCUCUUCGUUCUCCUCCUGUGCCCAGCACCAUGCUCUGCUCAUUGUGGAAGCCUCCUUCUUCCAGCCCUCCCCCCCCCCCCC